AUGGUAGAUGUAACUUCAACGGCGAAUGGCAAGCAAGACGGGCUACUAGCGCAUUCCCUUAUCGCGAUCGGCCUACGCCGAACCAUAGACAUCUUCUUCGGCAUUCUCCCACAAGAUCUAAUCGGAUACCAUUGUACACCCGUAAUUUUUGCUGGAAGUCCGACAGAACGUGUCCCACAUGGAGUCGCUAUCUCGCUCAAGCCCGAGAUUCGCACGCAGAGUGACUGCAUGUCAGAGCUACCUCGCGAUUAUGUGUCAAAUCUAGAGAAGCAAAUCGAGGCAUUGAGACGUGAGAACCAAGCGCUACGCCAGCAAAGUCAGCCGCUCUCAGUGAUAGAUGACAACCCUGCUUCCUUUGGUUCGCCUUCUACAUCAGUUCAAGAGAUCGACAGUACUUCAACGGAAGGAUACCCGGCAUCCCCUCAUCACCAAAGCCACCUUCAAGAUCUUGUUAAGAGUGUGCGAAGUGUUGUAGUUGAGCCUUCAAGGCAACCUCGUUUCCUUGGGCCCAGCAGCGGCAUUACUCUUGCGACGAUGGUAAUGGCAUCGAUACGUGUUGAUACCUUGCCGCACCCUCCGCACUCCAUACACGAGGAUAACGCUUCUCUUCCAGUCGCUGCGUCAACAUCGUCGAAAGAAUCCUCACUUCCACCUCGCCAUGCUGCAGAUCACCUCAUUGAAGUCUACUUCCAAUAUCGCACACCGCAUAUGCCAAUCAUCCAAAGGACACAAGUAGAGAAGGCUGUCAUGAGCGCAUAUGCAGCAAGUGGCGAGGUUCAGUCUCUCGGUUCAGCCACGGGGCAAUACAUGUUCACGGCCUACAUGGUAUUUGCUAUUGCUCUUUGCAAUAUCCCAAACCCAUCUGGUGGCACAAGCCGAGUAAUGCAAAGCGAAGGAUGCUUCCGGUCGGCAGUUGGCUGGGUUGAACGGGUCAUCACUUACUCAAAAAGCGAUCUUGAAACUCUUCGCGCGGUGCUCCUGCUAGCUCAAUUCGUUUCCAUGUGUCCAUGGCAAGGGAGUCUUUGGCAUCUGACAGGCAUUGCUAUGCGGUUGUGCGUAGACAUGGGUUUACAUUGGGAAAGCGAAGGACAGUCACUUGAAGCUGACCAGGACGCGCUUUAUGAACGUCGACGACUAUGGCACUGUGCCUACCACUUCGAUCGUGUCUUGAGCAUUACGCUCGGCCGCCCCUUCGGUAUUACGGACGAGUCCACACGAGUUCCACUACCGAGCCCGUGGACAGUAUCUCGCCGUUCAUUCGGCGCGGAAACCAACGACUUCGAUGUUCAUCAUCAACGAGCUCAUAACCAUCUUUUCAGCUUGUCAAAACUUGAAUCUGAGAUCAAACACGUUCAACAGAGUCAAACGUGGCCUGUGAAGGCUGCUUAUCCCAAACCGAACGUCGUGGCGUGGAUGAAUGACGUCCAACCGCGCCUGCAAGAAUGGCAUAGCACUAUACCACCUCUCGAAAAGGCACAUUCGUCGUCUAUAUUUGCGCAUCAAGCUUACUGGGGACGUCAUCUACAACAACGCAAUCCUUCUGCUCUAUCGCCCUAG